CGAUCUUGGGGACUGCGGGUGUUGGGUGACGAAGCGUGCCGCCGUCUUAUUCUUUGCCGUCGUUUAUUCGUUCUUUGGACAUGAUAGAGGUGCGACGACCUGCAUCCGUGCUUGCCUCCUGACCUUCAUCUUUAGUCUUCUCUUCUAGAAAACGAGACCAGGUGGAAGUAGAUGGAGGAGGAAGAAGCAGGAGGGAGAAAGGAGAUGGGAGUGGAGAACCCGUCCUUCGUGGGCGACAAGGAGGAUAUCGGAAAUGGGAAACUGAAUGGAACCGUCCCGGACUCGGGUUCCGGGGGCCUGGAGGCCAUCAAUCUGGAGCUCGUCAACAUGAACCCCUACGCGGUGAAAGACGGGGACGUAGACGGGGAAAAGGGGAAAGACGGGAACGGGUACAUCGCUGCUGAGGACGUCGUCCGGCCGAGAAAGGGCACCGAUGACCUGGACCCCGAGCACCCCGACGACGAAUAUUUCGUCUCCUCGCCUAGCAGGAAGAAGGGCAUCAGGGGAGAGAAGUUCUACCUGAGCUCGCGACCAGAGGAGAAAUGCUGCAGUCGCAAGCUGCUCGUGACAGCAGCAAUUUUCGCCCUGGCUGCUGCCAUCGGGAUUCUCGUCGGUUCCCUUGCAGCCAAUGGGGUUCUUCAUUCGAAAGAGAAGCAGGAGAGCAUGGCUGAAUUUUCCAAGACGCCACUGUCAAAUGAGAUCGAUGAUGAAUUUGGUCCUGUAGUUGAACAGGCCCUGGAGGGGCAGCUGAAACUAACAGAUGCCAAUUUCCUUGAGUCCUACAAAGAUCCCUCUUCAGUGGACUUCCAAGAGAUGGCAAUGGCCAUUGAAGGAUUUCUUCGUCAAGGUCUGGCUGAAGAAGGAGGUUUGACUGCAGACGAGGAGGGCCAUCUUAUCAUUCGUGUCAUUGAGUUCUCACCUGGGAGCCUGGUUUGCACCUUUCGAAUGUCUUGGCUCCUGCAUCGACCCUUCCUUACUCCUGACUCAGUAUCUUCUGCUCUCAGCAACUACAUGAAGAAAAGCAAUGAGCGACUUGGCCCCUAUCAUGCUCCUGUCGUAUAUCUUCGCAUCUACUAUAUUAGGAACAGAUGUGAGCAGCACCGUGGAGGGUGCAGUCACUGGUGCACCUUCUCUUUGCAAUUGGUCAUCUUCAAGUGCGAAUGCCCUCCUGGAAUGAGAUUGGCUCUCAACCACAAGACCUGCAUUCCUGCUUCCUAUGUCCCACCAAUCCCAACAACCAGCUCAUCUUUACCUUUGCCAACACUGCCAGCAACAAAAGAGCCUGAAAGGGAGACCUCACAGGAGGUGACAAGAGGACCGCCUCCAGCAACCACUCCAGAGCACAUUUCAUCCCAGGAUGACAGCAUGGGUAUGGAUAAUGAUACAGAUGGCAUGAUUUUGGAACAUGAAGGGUUCACCACUUCUGCACCAAUGGAAGAAGCAACCACAAUGUCAACUGGAAGUAUCAACACAACCUCUGCUUCCAGGGAGCAAAGUGAAACAACUCAGAAAGACCCAGAAUCAACAUCAUCAGAACAUACUAUGACUCCUUUGAUGGAAAAUGUGACUGAGAUGACCCUUCCAUCAAAGCAUGCAGAAGAGACAACAAUAUCAACAGCCACUGUGAAGGUCACAGGUGAAGUCUCAGAUGGAGAGGAUGGUAUGGAAAUGACAACUUUAUCAUUGGAAAAUGACACCAUGACUGUUGAACCACCAGGAAAGAUGGAAGAAGAUGCAGAAUUAUUGCCCAACACUUUCAAUACAUCUGAAACCACAACCAGCCCUCCAAGAGAGAUGACAACAACCAGCAGUCCCAGUUCUGUGGUCACUACAGUGAGGGAUACAGCCAAUGAAACAGAAGAAACAACACAGGCUCACCAUGAUGGUCGCCAUCCAGAUGUAGAUCGAGGACUGGAUAUUGAAAGCAAGACCACAUUGCCUCCUGAAAUGAUUGAGGAGCUCACGACCAUAAAAAGUGGGAUUCACAUCUUACCCCUGCACUCCAUAGAUGCUGUGACGAAUGAAACUGAGCCACCUUCUGCAACUGAAGUCAUGUCAGAUGUAUCUCCAGGGGACCUACAAUCACCAAUGCCUUCAAGUGCACAACACCCAACACCUCCUUCUGAAGACUCCACAACAACAAUGGUGGAGGACAUCACUGACUCGGCAACACCCAUGUCUCAUGAAUCUAUGGAUUUGCCAUUGAACAGAGAGGCUGAGGAAAUGACAGAUGUGGCAAAGGAUAUGGAAGGGACCACUCCUUUCUUGGGAGAUGUAAGUGCAUCAGACAUCCAGCCUGGAAAUGAUACAGGAACAACAGACAACACAAGGUCAGAACAGAUGACAACCAUAAACCCAAGUGAAGAACUUGACAAUAAAAUGAAGACAGAUCACUCUCUGAAUGAAAUCACAGCAAGAGAGCUUAUGUCUCCUUCCUUUAGGGAUCACAAGGCAAUUGACACUGAUGGAGCUCAUAUAAACACUCUGAUGCCAGAAGAACCCCACAAAAAGGACAUAACCAAAGAUAAAGAAACUCUUGAGACCCUCCUGGUUACUACAACUACAAAAGAGCCAGAUUUGGAGCAAGAUGCCAUGAUGGAGACAACAUCUGUGAGGCAGCUUGAUCCUGCAUUGAUGGCUAUAGCAACUACUGAGCAGGAGACAACAGUAACACCAUCAGUUUCAGUGAAUGCAAAUGAAAUGAAUAAUUCCUUGGAUGAAACAACUACACCAGUUACAUCAUCAGGUUCAGUGAAUGCAACUGUAAAUAAUGAUUCCCUGGUUGGAACAACUACACCAAUUACAAUAAACAUGACUGAAAGAAGCAGUUCUUUGAAGGAAGCAAUCACCAGUCCAACAGUACACAUGGAUGAUGAAGAGUUGACCUCUAUUAGUACUUCUGAAUUAGAAACAACAGCAAAAAGUACAACAAUCAUCAACACCAUGAAAGCAGAAGAGCAAGAAACAAUAACCACAGCAGAACCACAUGCAGGUGUAACUGAAUUUCCUUCAGUGAAUGCCACAGAAGACACAUUGGGAAGUAGUUCAGAGGUGGUAAAUGAGAAGUCAAAAACCACUCUCCCAUCAACAAUCCAAGGCCUGUCAAUACAAACUGAAGAGCCAACACUCAGUCUGGAAUCCCUAUUUACAAGUCAGCUGGAUGCAAUCUCUGAUGAGCCACGAGCCACUCAGGACAAGAAAAAGCUUCAUUGUCAAUCAGGAGAGUUUGAGUGCCAUAACAGUUCCUCAAUGCCAGUCUGCAUUCCCAAUUUGGCUGUCUGUGAUUCCAUCAUAGACUGUGUUGAUGGGUCUGAUGAAGAUGGAUGCAUCAAGGGAGGCUGUGCCAAUAACUUUCAGUGUGCCAGUGGACAAUGCAUCCAAUACCAUCUUGUUUGCAAUGGGAUCACCGACUGUCGAGAUGGAAGCGAUGAACUUGCAUGUGAAAAUGUGCUGUGCGAAACAACGGAGUUCAUGUGCAAUUCUGGGCGCUGCAUCCCAGAGUCUUGGGUUUGUGAUGGAAAAGACCACUGUGGAGAUGGGAGUGAUGAGGAAUCAUGUUCAACCCAGGAAUGCAAUUCCAAGAAAGAUCUUUAUCUCUGCCAGGGAGAUGAUGGGAAGUGUCUGCCAGAAUCCAAGCUGUGUGAUCGGGAAACUGAUUGCCCAGCUGGUGAUGAUGAGAGUCAAUGUUGGGAAUGUGAAGGAGACUUCCAAUGUGCACAUGGAGGAUGUACAACAAAUGAGAAUGUGUGCAAUGGGGGCCGAGAAUGUCGAGACGGGAGUGAUGAAUAUGGCUGCUUCUCCCUCAGAGAAGAAGAUGGAACUCUCCUGGUGAAUUCCAGGGAGCUGAAUUAUCUCCCUGUCUGUGGGGACACCUGGGAUAAAAGUUUGAGUAAUGCUGUCUGCAGAGAUCGUGGUUAUUGGGGUGCUUUAUCCACUGAAUUCUCUCCAUUGGAUGAGAAUACGUGGCGAGAGGUGGGGAAAUUUGAUGUUCCUGGUCACGUGUUGGUGCUGCGACACCAACCAAUGGGGUUUCUUCUUCCCUUCUUCAAAGUCAUCCCUGCAGAACAAUGCCAGACAAAGAAAACAGUUCGCAUCAAGUGCCAGCCUUUCAGCUGUGGAACAUGGAAUGGAGUGAAUGCAGCUGGUGACCAGGGAGCAAGAAUGGCUGGUUUGUCUCAGGAGGGAACAUGGCCUAGUGUCGCCACUCUUCUUCACACAUCAAAAAGGAAAACUUGCACUGGGUCCAUCAUUUCUCCUUUAUGGGUCAUCACUGCUUAUUCAUGCAUAGAAAACAUAGGCCAGGAUCCAGAAGAGUGGUUGCUGUUGGCUGGAGCUGGAAUGGUUGGGAGCAAUAGUUCAUCUACUAGCAGCCAGCUUCAGUUGGUGGAAGCCAUCAUUCCUCACCCAAGACGAGAGUUUGUGAAUGAGCUCACAGCCCAUGAUGUCGCCCUAGUGCGGCUUAAGAGCCCCAUGCUUCUGGCUGGAUCUCUGGGUAUCUCAUCUUCAGCUGCCAUCUGUCUUCCUGAGAAAUCUCUGGAACCCAGACAGCUCUGUGUAACUGCUGGAGGUGGCAUUGCAACUGGAGGGAUCCAUUUAAGACAACAGGUAUUCUACCUGCCAGUGCCAACAAUUGACAUUGACAGCUGCAAUUCCUCCCUUCACCUGAAUGGAAACUUGAGAGAUGAUAUGAUCUGUGCUGGAUUCACUGAUGUGGACCGUGCUCCAUGCCGUCGAGAUGUGGGUGCACCCUUGAUGUGUGUGAGUGAGUCAGGAGGUUGGGAGCUCCAAGGAGUCCUAUCUCAGCCAAUGGGAUGCGGUCGCUCUGGUCAUCCAGCUGUGUAUGCGGCAAUUCAUGCUGAAUCCCCAUGGAUCCAUUCUGUGAUUGGGGGCUCUUGGGACACUGAUACUGGCCCAGGUCCUGAUGGCUUCUAGGGGCCUAGAAUGCUUCCUGGAAAGUUAAAUGGACCUAGUCAAACAGAGUCAAAAGCAUCUACAUGGGUUGACUCCAUACGCUUCCACUUGAUUGAGAUUAGACCCCAAGCAAAAUGCUGAGUCUCCAACACUGACUCAGUGAUAUCAAGAAAGGGAUCCACCAUUGUGAUGACUACAGCUUCAUUCCAUCCUUUUGCCAUAAGAAAAUGUAUCCUGAUUACUGUCAUUUGCUGUCUGUAUGCCUUGGGGAAUCUGCAGCCGUCCGAUGUCAAGGGCAUAUUUGCCUGCCCCCUGUGAUAUGACGACUUUUGUGUUUUUGUGAGAGUGGUUUUUAGGUAUGUUACAAAAUUGAGUGUUCCACCUUGUGUAUCUGUGCCUUUACCUCUACUGUUUCUACUUGGUGCACACUAGGGUAUUCCAUAACAGGAUUCACUACCAGUGAUUUAGUUGUAAUUUUAGCCUUUUUACUGAUCACUGAAGGAUCAUCACUUUUUAAAAGUGUGUCUAUUUCAGAAUGCUUUUGAUUCAGCAUAUUUUCUCAUCUUAACUACAUGCUAUUUUUGUACUUGAGUCAGCACAUUGCCUCUCAGGAGUCAGCACUUCCAUGUUAAUGGAAAAAAAGCUUAAGGUGCCAAACUGAGACUUACAACAGUUGCAGAAUUGCUAAUUAUUGAUGGAAAGGGAGAACUUAGAUGAAUUUGGAGCCACAGGAACUUCCUGUGAUGAGAAUUUCUGGUCACUGGGGCAUUACCAUUCUUCAGGAGCAAAAUCCCUUCCAUGUAAGAAGCAAGUCACUACUAGGACAUACUUGAUAUUGCUGUUGCUCAUUAACUCUAGAACAGGCUCAUCUACACUUGAUGCUGUGGUAAGAAACUAUAUUUCCUUCUUCUCACACCUUUGAUAGUCCAUGAAUUGCUGAGACUUAUGUUUCUGUUUUGUAUGAUCCUGUGCUGCAUUCAUUGCCUUCCUAGUGUGAUAACAUCCAUGCAUCACAAUUGCUGCCUGACCUCUUACAAAGGUCACUUAAAACAGUGACUUCCAAUAAUGUGAUUCUAAUUUUGACACAAGGUGUGAGUGGAGAAACCUCCCGGUGGCUGUUCAUGCAUUCCAUUUUCCUGUCUUUUUUUAAGUAUAUGACUUGAAAGGAUUUGUGGUUUGCCUUGAUUGGAAAUCUUCGCAUAAAAGAAGUGAUUGAGAUUUGAUAAAUCAUGAUUAAACAUAUGGAG